UGUACAUAAUGGCCCCGCCGGCGCUCCGUAGUUGUUUACACGGUGGAAGCGCGGCGCCGCGCGGUGAGAAAGACAAACCGGAGACGCGGUAUUUAGCGAGUAUUAGCGCGAUUAUCAUUAAUAUCACUGAUAAUAUCACUGCUAACGGCGGGCAGAGAGGAAACUAACUACAGCAGUGACCGAACUACUCGGAGUGUCCGAGUCGCGCGGACAAACAGGACAAACAGUCUGAGGAGUCAGAGUUACAGUCAGAGUUACACUCAGAGUUACUGUCAGAGCAGAGCAGAGAAGUUUACUGACCGCUAGGAGCUUACUGACCUCUGAGAUUCCAACCGCUGCUGAACCUUCAGCCAAGAUAUUUAACCGUCCAGUCAAGAUACAGCUACAAGCAAACUCUUUAGCUGAGAUAUUUGAGCUACUGACCGCCCAGUUGAGAGUUUUGAACAGCAACUGACUCUUUAGCUUGAGAUAUUUGAGCUACUGACUGUCCAGUCAAAAGUUUUCAACAGCAGCUGACCCUUUAGCUGAGAUAUUUAAGCUACUGACCGUCCGGUCAGGGUCUACUAGCAGCUACAGACCCUUUAGCUGAGAUAUUUAAGCUACUGACCAUCCAGUUGAGAGUUUUGAACAGCAACUGACUCUUUAGCUUGAGAUAUUUGAGCUACUGACUGUCCAGUCAAAAGUUUUCAACAGCAACUGACCCUUUAGCUGAGAUAUUUAAGCUACUGACCGUCCGGUCAGGGUCUACUAGCAGCUACAGACCCUUUAGCUGAGAUAUUUAAGCUACUGACCGCCCAGUUGAGAGUUUUGAACAGCAACUGACUCUUCAGCUUGAGAUAUGUAAGAUAUUGACCGUCCGGUAGAGAUUUUUCAACAACUACUGACUCUUUAGCUGAGAUAUUUAAGCUACUGACCGUCCAGUUGAGAGUUUUCAACAACAACCGACUCUUUAGCUUGAGAUAUUUAAGAUACUGACUGUGCAGUCAAAAGUUUGCCACAGCUAAUGACCCUUUAGCUGAAAUAUUUAAGCUAGUGACCAUCCGGUCAGGGUAUACUAGCAGCUACAGACCCUUUAGCUGAGAUAUUUAAGCUACUGACCGCCCAGUCGAGAGUUUUCAACUGCAGCUGACUCUUUAGCUAAAAUAUUUAAGCUACUGACCGUCCAGUCAGGGUAUACUAGCAGCUACAGACCCUUUAGCUGAGAUAUUUAAGCUACUGACCGCCCAGUCGAGAGUUUUCAACUGCAACUGACUCUUUAGCUUCAUAUAUUUCAGCUACUGACCGUCCAGUAGACAUUUUUCAACAGCAACUGACCUUCAGCUGCAAAAUGUAAGCUACUGACCAUCCAGUCAAGGUUUACUAGCAGCUACUGACCCUGUAGCUGAGAUAUUUCAGCUACUGACCAUCCAGUUGAGAUUUUUCAACAACAACUGACUCUUUAGCUUGAUAUAUUUCAGCCACUGACCAUCCAGUCAAGGUAUAGUAGCAGCUACUGACCCUUUAGCUGAGAUAUUUAAGCUACUGACUGUCCAGUCAAGAUAUACAAGCAGCGACUGACCUUCCAGCCACGAUACUAACAUAAAUACUGACCGUUCUGCUGUUUACAGACUGAGUUGCCCUCAGUUUGCUCUUGGCUGGGCUCUGACUUUAUAGACUCGUCUGUUACUGAUAACCCGUCAGCAAAUAGACUUUAAAUACUAGCCUUUAUAAAACGUUGAACAGGUGUGGACCGUCUGCCAUCGUCCAGUUUGACAUGUUCAGACGGCCCGUAUCGUUCAGUGUUCUAAUAAAUAAGACUCUGUCGAGAGUGUUUCAUGCCAGUGCCCAUUCAGAAGCGGUCAGUCGGAAGCUCCUGUCACUCAGAGUGAUCCCUCUGCCUCUAGCUGUCCGUCAGCUCUCCUGCAUAACUCGGAGAAAGGUGGACUACCUGAUGUCCUUGCAGCCAGUUCCAGAGAAGACCACAUCCGGUGGUCAGCAGGAGCCACAGGCAGAAAAAUCCAGCACAGCGGUCAGAAAAGAACCCAAAGCUGGAAGUAAAAAGGAGAAGAAGGUGAAAAAGGUGAAGAGUCCUAAAAAAGCGCGUGGGCGAAAGCAGAGAGAGAGAGAGUCGGAGUCCACGGAGAGCCUGCUGGCUGAGCUGCCCUUCGCCAGCACAGAGAUAUGGAAGGAGCUCGGCUUCGCUGGUGGCGAGUCGAGCACGAAGAAAAAGAGAAAGAGAGCGGAGAAGGGACGAGUGGAGAGUGAGGAGGACGGAGAGAAGGAGAAAAAGAAGAAAAAGGGCUCCCCUCGGCCCAACUACUUCGUCUCCAUACCCAUCACCAACCAGAAGAUAAAGCAGGCGGUGGAGGAGCUUCAGGCAGAGAUUCUGCAGAAGGAGCCUCGUCUCUCCAGAGCUUUGAUUCCUGUGGGCACCCUCCACAUCACGCUGCUCGUCACACACCUGGCCACACCUGAGGAGGUGCACACUGCUGCAGCAGCUCUAGAGGAGAUGCAGCCCACUCUGAGGGCCCUGCUGGGGGGGCGGAGCCUCACGCUGCCCUUCCGCGGCAUUGGUCACUUCAGACAGGAAGUAGCCUUCAUUCAGAUCAACCAGGGGGAACAUCUCAGCACCCUCAGCAGCAUCGCAGACUCGGUCAGAAGGGCGUUUGAGGAGAAAGGCGUCUCGUCUGGAGAUCAGAAAGACUUCAAACCUCACCUGACCUUCAUCAAGCUUUCUCGAGCUCCUAAACUGCGGCGUCAGGGAAUUAAGAAGCUGGACGCAGCUCUGUACGCCCCGUUCGAGCGGAGGGAGUUCGGUGAGGAGAGCGCGUGCACGCUGGACCUGUGCUCCAUGUUGAAGAAGAAGUCGGCCGAUGGAUAUUACCAUCGCGAGAAGACGGUCACCUUCAAUCUAUUGCAGAGCACACAGCGCACUGCUCGGCCAAGUGCUAAGGGUGGUCCGGAGCUGGACGAUGAGGAGCUGGUGAGUCUGAGUAAGAGGCUGGUGGAGGACGCUGUGUUUCGCGCCGUGCAGCAGUACAUGGAGGAAACGCAGCAGAACGGAGCGGCGCCCAAAGACGAGGCUCCGCCCCCUCUGACCACCAACAAAUGACCACGUGACCUCUGAGCCGGACCCUCACCCACCCACCCCCCGGGCGGAGCGCUGGAGCCACGCCUCCUCCUCCCUGCCUCCGGGCGAGAGAGCGAGUGCCGCGGAGCGAGAGAGUGUGCAGGACUGGCGAGUGGAGGGAAAGAAGAGCGAGCUGGACUGGAUCUGAUGCUGGACUGCUCCCUGCGCAGCUUUCUGUCUUCGUACAAACGUUAAAUCUGCAGCCGUCGCCAGUGUCCUGCCCGAGAGGGCCUUUCUGUUCUUUAAUGUUUUUUAUUGCUUAAAGUGAUAGUUUGGGAGGAGAAUCUAAAUUUACCCCCCCCGUCUCACCCCAAACGGAAUUGAUGAGCUACGAUAUAUUUAGUGUCUUAAGUUUGCUUCUUUCUGCCCAGGAGGUUAACGUAGCUAAGUAGUGGAAGCUUAUAGCCCACCAAUUAGCAUGUAGCAUACUGCAUCAUACUAAAACGUGCAUCAUACAGUGUCAGAAACCACCUGGACUGGGUUGCACCAGGUUUGCCUAAGUUUACACUUAAGUUUAGGGCGUAUAUCCGCUUAUUCAGCCUUCAUUGGUUUAGCCCCAAUCCCAAAUUUAUGAGUGUUUUAGCACAGACUUUUUUGAGGCACAAUGCAGGGCAGCCAAUCAGAACCGAUCUCAUUUACAUAUAUCAGUCUUAAAAGAACAGCGUAAGGAAUGAAGAGAGAUUGGGAAAUGGUCGUUUGUUUUUGACAUGUAAAAUCACAUACGUUAUGGGUCGUUUGAGCUCCAUGUGGUUUUUGGUGUGAAGAUUUAGCAGUUAGCACCAUGCUAAUUGGUGGGGCAUAAGCUUCCAUUGCUUGUUAGCCACAUUAGCCUCAUAGCUCCAGUAACUAAAGAAGCAAACGUCAGACGCUUCGAACGUGCCUCGGCUGAUGGGCUACUUUUGGCGAAAGGGAGGAAACCGGGUGAACUUGGUUCGUUGCUGAAUUAUCACUUUAUUGAUUGAUUGGACAGAGAGCGAGUGAGGGGAAAGGGAUAGAGAAAGAGACGAGGAGAUGGUGGUUUCACUUCACAGCACCUUGAGUGAAUACGAUGAACAGAUGAUCCCACACACACACACACACACACACACACACACACACACACAGUGCUAAACUCUACUAGCGUCUGGGCUCUUGCUGGAGGCCAGUGCUGUUGCAAAGACAAUCAAAGCUGCUUUCUCAGCACAAAAUCAGUAAACAUACAGUGAAAACUGAAAAUGAACUGCAUCUCUGAACCACUUCAGUCUCCAAAACCGGGACGAUUACAGAACUGUGGACUUCUGCAGCUCCAAAGAAAAUAAAUGAAUUCAGACUUUGUUACUUAAUAUAUAUGUGUUUGUGUUUGUGUGUAUGUUUGUGUGUGUGUGUGUGCGUGUUACAGAACUUCUCGGCAGGUGAAAAGAUCUGAAUGUUGGCGAUACAUAGCUGUAAGUUGGAACAGCUUCUGGUCAAAUGACAUGUUUUGAUUUUCCUAGUAAAACGUAACUGAACACAUCCUCCACAGAGACUCUCGAAUGUGAAUUUUCCUGCAAAAUUUAAUGCACAAUUUCUACUUAUUUACUGAGUAUAACACAUUAGAAAAAGGAUAAAUGUGCCAAAACUUUUGCACAGGCCAUGUUUUGUGUUUUAUUAUUUUUCCAAUAUGUACAAUUCAGCAAUUAAGCAGUAAGUGUUCAUUAAAAUGUGCAGUAGUGUGUCUCUGUAGAGGAUGUGUUCACUUAUUCACACUCAGAAAAUCAAUAACAUGGAAUUUGACCAAACAUUUGCAUACAACUAAAUAUAUAUUAUAUAUAUAUUUUAUAAUUUUACUUCCUCCAAACAUUAUUUCUUGAGAUAAGCUAAAUUCCACUAGAUAAAACAAAGAUAAAAGUCUACAAAUAAACUGAAUAAUCUUAUAAUAUUCUUACAACUGUCUCAUAAUGAUAACAAUCUCAUAUAUAUUUAGAACGUUUUCUCUUGCCAGGAUGUGACUGGAUUGUGCGUGUGAACCUCUGGUGAUGUUUGUCUGAAGCUGUUUUGAUUGUGAAGGGUCGCUAUGAUGUUCUGAACCACUAUACCCUGUUGAUUUGUUUUGUUUUGUUUGUUUGUUUGUGUAGGCCGUGUUUAUGAUGCACGGCUGGUGGAGAGGAUGCUGCGGUCAGAGAGAGUGUGUGUUCAGAGGCGCGUGAAGGACUUUAAGACACUAUUAGAGCAACCAGCAGUCCGAGCACUCAUCACACAGGAGCUGAGCCUCAGCAGCACAACAACAACACAACAACAAUAAACAACCAACCUACAAACUGAACUCACACACAGACACACAUUUCCUCACAAACACCUCCAGAUUGGCCGAUACACACAUGGAGAAAACCUAACAAAACACUCCACGCUCAUUUACAGAUAAACACAGUGAAGACUAUUGAGUAGGGAUGCACAGUGAUAUCGGAAUUUUAUCCGUAUCGUCAGAUAUUCGCUUUAAUAUAGUUAUUGGUGUCAGACUGAUGUUUAGAUUUUAAGCAAUUUGACCAAUAUUCCCAAAUCAGAUAUCAUGGGCCAUCAAUUCCUAUAUCAGAUAUCGGCGUCAGCCCACAAUUCCUAUAUCUGAUAUUGGCGUCAGCCUGUAAUUCCCAUUUCAGAUAUUGGCAUCAGCUGAGAAUAGCCAUAUCGGAUUUCAGUAUUGGCCCAUGAUUCCCAUAUCAGAUAUCAGCAUCAGCCUAUAAUUCCCAUAUCAGAUAUUGGCAUCAGCCCAUAAUUCCCAUAUUGGAAAUUGGCAGUAGCCCAUAAUUCCCAUAUUGGAUAUUGGCAUCAGCCCAUAAUUCCCAUAUUGGAAAUUGGCAGUAGCCCAUAAUUCCCAUAUUGGAUAUUGGCAUCAGCCCAUAAUUCCCAUAUCGGAUAUUGGCAUCAGCCCAUAAUUCCCAUAUUAGAAAUCGGCAUUAGCCCAUAAUUCCCAUAUUGGAUAUUGGCAUUGGUUGGCAAUUUUCUUACCUCAGCAUAGGCCCACAUUUUCCAUGUUGGAUCCCGGCAUCGGCCCACAAGUCUAAUAUCGAAUAUCAGAAUCAGCCCACAGUUCUCAUCCUGGAUAUCGACCCACUGUCCUGUUAUCAGAUAUCAGCAUCAGCACACAGUUCUCAUAUCAGAUGUCAGCACAAACCCACUAUUCCCAUGUUGAAUAUUGGCAUCAGAUGACAAUUCCCAGAUACUAAUAUUGGAUUUAGCCCACAAUUUCCAUAUUGGAUAUUGGCAUCAGCACAUUUUCGAUAUCAGAAGCAGCCGAUUUGGGAUAUUGGCAUCGGUGCGCAGUUCCCAUAUUGGAUAUCCACAUCAGCCCACAAGUCCCAUAUCAGAUAAUAGCAUCAGCCGACAAUUUCCCACGUCGGAUAUUGCCAUUGGUUGACAAUUCCUGUAUCAGGAAUUUUGCAUCAUCCCGUAUUAUCAGUGCAUAAUUCCCAUAUUGGUGCAUCCCUGCUUUAGACAUUUAACUGGACACUCUGAAGCUUGUUGCUAACACACACACACACAAACACACUGAACAACAACCAGCAGCCUAGACGCUGAUACAGACGCACGCUGGACAGAGAGACUUUUUAAAAAGGUUUAUCUGAUCAUUUGUUUUUAAAGGAAGAUAUAAUGAAUUUGAGUUGACUUCAAUGGGGAAUAAUGAGCUAUAUUAGCUGGAUGAAUUUGAGUUGAAUCUACAAUAAGUGGAUGAAUCUGAUAGAUUUUUUUCUUUGCGCUCUUUGUCUCCACUUCCAAAGUGACCUUAAUCACCCCAGUCGAACAAAAGGAUCUUCAUGUUCCACCUUAUGACACCUUUCUGUUUACUUCUUUUUAUAUUUUUGUGUUCAAUGCUGCAUCUCUUCACCAGAUCCUUAAACCGAAGCUUCAUUUUUUAAAGAAAUUAUGUUUGUGUCUGCUGUGGUGAACUUUCUGUUCGUCUACACACAACGAACGAUAUAUUAAAAGCAAAAUGAAACCAAGAUGUCACCAUCCCGCCACUUCCUUCACUGUUUCAUCUUUUUCUCUUUUUUUUAAUCUAAGAAAUCCGUAGUAUGUGAUUUAACCGCAGACUCGCCGUGUGAGUCACUCUCUGUGGUAGGUGUGGGUGGGUUGGGGGUGUAUUAAUAAAGAGUUUCGGAUUCUUUUUUUU